ACAUUUGUUGACUCUAUUUUAUGUUUAUUUUCAGUACGAAUCUUUCCCUUUACACCGUGGCAGUCGGUAUUCUUGAAAUCACGCAAGCCAAACCAGAUGAUAUAUUGAAAGUCAGGAAAAUAAUUUCACAUGAAAAAUAUGACAAAAACUCGUUCCAACAUGAUAUCGCUGUGUUGAAGAUUGAAACUGUGGAUGGAUUAGCCCCUACGCAUAAGGGAAGAACAAUCAAAUUAAAUGAAGAUAAAGUUAAAGAUCACACAAAUUGUACUGUUAUGGGCUGGGGAGUUGUUCGAACGGCAACUCCUCCAAUAGCGAGCCCAUUUUUGAAAUAUGUUUUUGUACCAAUCAAUUCUAGAGUAACAUGUGAUAUGAUAUACAGCAAAACGUUUACUGAAGACAUGUUGUGUGCGGGUACACCAGGAAAAGAUUCGUGCCAAGGAGAUUCUGGCGGACCUCUAAUAUGCAAUGAUAAACUGGCUGGAAUCGUGUCAUUUGGAAAAGGAUGUGCAGUAUACCCUGGAAUAUACACCGAUGUUUCACAUUAUAUAUCAUGGAUUAAAAAAGCACAAAAUUCGGCGAAUGCUAAUAAUCAAUCUCUAUACUUAAUUAUUUUUACACUUGCAACGAAAUCGCAUGCUUCUAACCGCAUAGCUGGUGGUUGGGAAGCACAGACAGGAGACCAUCCCUAUCAAGCAUCCGUGCGAUAUUUGCACGUAGACGCCAAGUACGGCCCUGGAACGGGGCACUUUUGCGGCGCGACAGUGCUUACGCCUACAGCGGUGUUGACAGCAGCGCACUGCGUUAACGAUGAUUCCAAAACAGUAGACAAGAGUCUCAUAAUGGUGGCAGCUGGUUCAUUGGAUUUAAAUGAUACGGAAUAUACAUCAAUGCGCACAGUCAAAUCGAUAGUGACCCAUGAAGAUUUUGAACAUGAUGGAUGGUUUAAUGAUUUGGCCAUCAUUUUUUUAUCAACACCAUUGAAUCUUGAAAAUACCAAUGUAUCAGCAAUUGGUGUACGACAAGAACCAGUAAGUGCGGGAAGCAAUUGCACAGCGAGUGGUUGGGGAUCUACGGAACCUUUAGAAGAAGAUCAAGAUAAUUCGGACUUAAUCUUCUAUACGAGUCAAACCUUGCUAGCUGUGGAUCUCUUAGUUUGGGAUAAGGAAGAUUGUGAAAAAAUAUAUAAUCGCAAGUUGCAUGAAGGAAUGAUGUGUGCAGGUCAUGAAACCGUCAUCAAAGACACGUGCCCGGGUGAUUCUGGUGGUCCCCUAGUCUGUGAUGGUUUACUAACUGGAAUAGUAUCAUUUGGUAAACAAUGCGGACAACUUGGAGUGCCUGGAGUAUACACAAAUGUAGCUGAUUAUUGGCAAUGGAUUAACGAAACUCUAAAAAAUGGUGGAAGUAGUAUGCAUGCACCAGAAAUCCAAUACAUUUACAAAAUGUUGAUAGCCACAAUAACGUUGAUUUGCGUUCUUAUCCUAAUUUGACUUUGGUUUAUAAUGGUAUGACACUGGAAA